AUGCCGGAUGCGCAAUUGAUCGGUCGCUCGAGACGGAGAAAAUCGACACUAGCAAAGCAGGCAUGCGAUCCAUGUAAGAUCCGCAAGGUGAAAUGCUCCAACGAUGACUCUUCCGCCCCUUCGGAAAAUAGCCAUCGACCCUGCCAGAGAUGUUCACGCUUGACCAUCCAAUGCACUUAUGCUUUGCCUCAGAGAUGUCGCGGUCCCCAGAGCGAUGAAACUGAUGACACAAUCACCAGGUGGCCGUCGACAACGCGUGAUGCCACAUGUGUUCCAAGACCCGCAUCUGGUAAUCCGGCAACACAAAUUAUGGAAUCGCCCAUACCUGAAGCUCUGAAUCUCCUACAACCGCACACGGCGGCACCAUCGAACAGGCCCGUACAAACACGGAACCUCUCAUACCUGUUGAACAAUGAUGGCAUCUCUUCCUGUACCCCCUUGGUACGCAUCACACCGUCUUCACUUGACCAGACCAACGCUUACGACGCGACCACUUCACCACUUGCUCAGCGCUGUUACCAGACGGAUGCAGUCUGUUCUCGUGAGCUCUUGAGACGCAUCAUAAGUGAUUAUUCCGAGCUUAUAUAUCCUGUUGUGCCUCUGGUUCAUCGUCCUUCUUUCAGACGAGAUCUGGAUCAAGAGAGAGACUCUCGCGACUCAGACUUCUUCCUUCUUAUCCUUGGCAUCUGCGCGUUGACCCUUGCAAUUGGGGCGUCAAGAUUUGAGCAAUAUCGUAUCAUCGAUCCUACACUGUCUUUCCAGUCGCCGGAAGCCAUGAUCAACCACUGCUAUGAUCUCUUCGUUUGUCACCGAGAAGCAAAUUACUACGAUGAAGUAAAUCAUCCAAAGUUUGCCGUGGCUUACUGUUUUGUCACUGCUUUCUUCCAAACCGGACAACACAAUCGAUCCCGUAUGCUGGAGAUCGAGGCGAUGCAAUUGGGCCGUCUGCUGCAGCUCCAUCGCGCAUCAACGUACGAGAGUCUCGAUCUCGUUGAAGCUCAGUUGCGGAGAAAGGCUUUCUGGUUGAUUUUCUACAGCCUGGUGCAUAAUAAAUUACAGUACGCUCGGAGAGAACGUCUUCUAUAUCUUGACUGCUCAAUGCUACGCUCGAUAGACUUCCAAGCCCUCCUACCCGCCGAGAUCGAGGACGAAUACAUCACACCUGACGCCAUACUUCCACGUCCGGCAGGCGACAACAGCGCCAAUAUCAUGACGGCUUUCAACAUUCAUUCCAAAGUCUUCUGUACAGCUCUUGUGCCGCUCUGGCGUGUAGCUGGCUCGCCGCCACCAGAUCCAUGUCCUGCAGAAAACAAUCAAUUCUGCGGAUGCGAUUGUAUCGAACCCAAGCUGCAGAUUGGAUCGUUGAGAGACAGAUACGAAGAACUGAGAUUCAUGCUCGACAAAUGCCCGCCGCGUCUGCAACCUUGGGCUCCUGUCAACGGUGCGACCAUUGAUGGCACAUCUCCUUCUCGAAUCCUAGAUACACAGAUGGAGAUUCUUCGAGCGAAUAUACACGUGACUCACCUCUGGUUGCAGUGUAUGAUUCUGGACAAGAUUGAUGCAUUGCAGCUGAACGACUCCUCGCUUCCUGAACCAGAUCUCAAAGCUAAUUGGCACAAGCGCGAAGAGAUCGCCCGACAAAUGCUACACGUCUUGCACAGCUUCUCAGAUGAAUCACUCCUGCCCAAUGGCUACCAUACUUUCUGCAAAAUCCGCGAUGUGGCUGUCUCGUUGUUGAGUUGUCCCUUCGAGGAAGGCGAUCGUAUCGCUGUCAGGGCGAAUGAGUAUCUGCAUCGCUUUACUGAGAUCCUUUGGCGGCUGGACAAGAGCGAGCUGCUCAAUUCGUUGAGCUUGCAGACUUGGAUCGAUACUGGACGGCAAGAAUGA